AUGCCACCACAGGCUCAUGCAGGCCAGUCCUUGCGAAUAUCCAUUGCUGUUGCAGCAUUGGCUUCAAAGCCUCCCGAACUUUCGGUCGCUUCGCAUAUACUCGCUUUACGGGACAAGUUUCCUCUCGACAAUUGUUCUCAGCAAGAGGCAUCCUCUAGCACCUCGGAUGACUGGAAGUCGCGGGCGUUAGCAUUGGAGAGGGAGAUAUCGCAGCUCAAGCGGCGAGGGCACGAAGGUACCAUCUCUGCACCUCCUGCACUACGAUCUUGGUCUCCGAAGCUGUCAUCGUCAUCCCAAAAAGAAGAUACGCGUUGGGUUACCCAGCAUGCACCAAGCCCGGAAGAUAUCGUCAAGAAUUUACUUGAAAAACUUAAAGAGCGCUACGCAGAAGACACCACCUCGACGUCUCCCUCACAACUGCUCUCGUCUUUUGAUCUUCUCCGGCAAGCUCUUGCUAAUGACGCUCCCGACGCCGCACUCUUCAACAGGAUUACCCUACAGGUCGUCGCGGAGCUCUCUCCCUUUGUGCAAGAUCUAGUCUCCCCCGGAAGUCCCUUGUUCGCGGACGCUGAGACGCUUCAAGUAGUCUCGGUGCUACUGAUGCAUGUCUUGUGUGCUGCCGGCAUUGUCGCUGAGAAAAUUGGUCCAUCGGGAAAUCUUGACGACAAUAAUCAGGUCGAAGCAAACGAUCCCCUGCGUACCCUAGUUUCGACCGUGUUUCAACGAGAAACUAACACGAUUUUGCCAGAGCAACUCUCCUACUACUUCCUCACCAUUUACCGAAUUUCGACUGCAGUUUCUGGUCUUGCUCAAUGCCUCCCUCCGCACAUUGGAUGA